GUAUGCGAUAGGAAAGGUGUAUGUAUACAGAUCUCUUUCGGUUUACACCUGUCACUGAAUAUGGCGCUAAAACUGUACUACGAUCUAGGUUCGCAACCCUCACGAGCUGUGUUCAUGUUUUUAAAGCUUAACAACAUUCCGUUUGAUGAAGUUUUUGUUUCCAUUGGGGCAGGAGAGCACAGGCAAGAGGAGUUCCGAAAGAUCAACCCCUUCCGGCGUGUACCCGUCAUAGACGACAAUGGAUUUGUCCUCACCGAGAGUGUUGCGAUAUUGAAAUAUUUGGCUAAGAAAUACAAAGCACCAAGCCACUGGUAUCCAGAGAAUGACACUGCAACUACUGCCAGAAUUGAUGAAUACAUGAAUUGGCAGCAUCAAAAUCUGCGACAAAACUGUGCAAUGCUUUUCCAAAACCUGAUUCUGAUACCAAGAAUGAAAGGAAUGCCGAUAGACUGGGAAAAGGUCAAAUUUUACCGGAAAAAAGUCGCCGAAAUGGUCAAACUACUAGACCAAUACUUUCUUAAAAACAAUUUAUACCUGUGUGGAGAUGAAAUAACUUUGGCGGAUCUUUUAGGGGUGUGUGAACUGGUCCAGCUUGUCCCAGUUCGUGAACAGAUGAUGUAUGAAAGCAACGCCAAGGUCAAAGCAUGGGUCGAUCGCGUUAAAUCGAGACUAGGGUCACUGUUUAAUCAGACCCAUGAGGGCAUUUUCGGAAUGGAAGCCAUGUUUGACCCAAAAGUCAAUUCCAAAAUGUGAAUUUCUUCUUACACCAAUUUUGGAACAUUUACAUCUUCUUUCUGAAUCCCGGUAUCGGUGGAUAUUUAAAAUUGACUCCAUAAAUUAUAGUUGGUUCUAUACCCUGCAAAUACUCAUAAAUUUCUACUACACGUAUCAUGUUUAAUAUGUUUUAAAAAGUAAUUGCUAUAAAAGUCGUGGUACAAGCCAGUGUAUAUU